CAGCUAUAAUUUACCAUAUUUGGUUGGCAAUGUGCAGUUUCUCUUUUACUAGGUUCAAACACCAAUUUAGUAGCUAAUCAGAUAUCAAAUAAUCAGAUGCUUUAGAUCCAGGAACAUCCAAGCUCAUGAUGAGCUCAAUGGAUGAUCAAGUUUCCAGUUACCAAAUCCGUCCUACCUUUGAAACAAAAUUCCGCCCUUCCAUGGUGAAAGAUGUCAUUCAUGGUGUUCUGAUAGAGGAACUAGAAGGAAAGGUUUUCAGUGACAAAGAGGUCCCUAGUUUGUGCAAGUCUGUUGCAGAGUCCAUUACUUCCAAAGUUAAAGAAUUGGGGUAUGAGCGCUAUAAGUUCUGCGUGAAUGUCUUGAUUGGAGAGCAGAGGGGUGCUGGUGUUCAGGUUGGGAGCAGAUGCCUGUGGGACAUUGAUACUGACAACUAUGCAUCUGAUAUAUUUUUGAAUGAUUCCCUGUUCUGUGUUGCAGCUGUAUUUGGAAUCUACAGUUACUAGAAAGAGAUCUGCCUGUCUCAUCCAAAUACACUGGAUGAAGUGUUCCUGAAUCUCAUGCAUUGUGCUAUCAAUGAACCUUUUUGACUGGACAAGCCUCAGCUGAUUUUGAAGUCAGGGUCAAUUUUUAAGGCUCGGUUUUUCAUUUGAUACUAUAUUAACCUCCUAAAACUUUUUUUGCAGUUACUGGUAAUGAGCCGUGAAAAUAUGCAUCAAACUUUUACCAACUCCUUUAACACUCCUCAAGGAUUCCAAGUCAAACUUCUUGAAGCUCAUUAUUUUAGGAAUAUAAUGUUUUUAGUUAAUGCCUUCCUAGCUUUUAAAUAAGGAAAGCUUGAUGAGUAUAAAUGAACCAGGUAUGAGUGAAUUUUGUUCCCAGGCCUUUUAAAGUGCAAUUUGAAGCUUUAACAACUUGACCCUGUAGUCAAGAGGGCUGCUAAAAUGUUAACCCUAUUUAGGGCAGACUCUUUCAUGGGUGUUUGAUUUAAAAAAAAUUGUUAAUUCACUCAUUGGUGUACUCCUGACUUAAUUCAAAGUCUCUCGCAUAAUAACUUUUGUGAAAGUCCUGUUUUCCUCCUUGACUCAGUUUGGAGCUAUUUAAAUAAGACAAAGGAGCAACAAAAUACAAGUCUGUGUGGAGCAUCAUUCUUUCAUGUAAAUGAAAAUUGGAUUGCUUCAUCCAUAGACAGGACAAAGAUAAUCACAAUUUCACAUUUGAAUUUUUUAAUAUGCACAAGGAAGUAAUUUGAUUUCAUAGUUUCAUGAUGAGAAGGGUUUUUUGUCUUCAUUGGCCUGUCAUGGCUUUUUGGCGACUUUCAUCUAGUCAUCUGUCAUUGAUGACAUUGCAUCAAAUAAAUGUUAUUUUCUAAUUCUCAAUUGCAUUUAUGCUGGUUCCAGCCAUCAUUCAAAGUAGCUUCAGGCAAAAGUUAUUCCUGUUCACCCAAAACCCAUUUCCUCAGUUGUCAAGGUUUUUUUUCUCACUAAAGGCAAUCACCUUUACUUCCUUGCUUCUGUUAUGUUACUAUCACAUGAUGCUGUAUUGCUUUGUUUCUGUAUAUUUUUAUCGUGGAAAUACUUGCUCUGUGAUCUCAUUCCUGCAGGACUGAUUAUGUUCAAUAAAAGCAACAUUAAGAUUUUA